GGCAGAUAAGCAACCGUCUCAUUGUAUACUUACUUGCUCCGUACUCCGUCCAACUCGGACGACUCAAUCGCGUUGUAUCCUGGACCGCUGUGGUGCCUCAAAGGUUGGUUCCUACAGGAGGCAUCAUGGCUAGCACCUUGCACAGCCCAAGCCAAUAUAAGAGCCCGACCGGAUCCCUCUGCCGGCGCUGUGCUCAAUGCUCAGCAACAGGCCGAAAGCUCCUCCGAUGCAGCGGCUGUCGCGCAGUCCACUACUGCAACCGCGAACACCAGACCGUUCACUUUAUCCUGCAUAAAUCUGUUUGUAAACAGAUUAAGAAAGCACGCGCUAUACUCGCCGAAGAAGACCGCCGCGUCCGCAAUGCCACGCCGGAUUUCAUGACUCCCGCCAACGCCUUUGAGACGCAUGUCGGCCACUUCUGGGGCAUUUUCAACACGCGCGGCUAUAUGCGCGCACGGUUUGAGCUUGCAUGGGAUCAUUUGCUUCCCCUUGGCACAUUUGAUAGUGUCCACGAAGCCCUCGAGCACUUGCUGGAUAUGCUAAGACUCUGCCGCGCCGACAAUCUGGGGAUACGAGACAUUGUGCCGGCGAUAAUGCUGCGACUGGAUCGCGACCAAGAAUGCUAUGAUUUUGUGAAGUGGUGGGCGACGUGUGACCCAGACGGCGAUUACAACUGGGGCGAUAUGACCUUACCGUACCUCAAUAUCUCCGGGGCUGAUGUUCUUGAGGAUCCCGGGUUCCUUCUCGGCGAAUUUCCGAAUUUGAACCACAUCAUUGCUGUCCUGAUACUAAAUUUGAAACUACUCGUGGAUAUUCGCAACUUGAAGAUCACCCGAAAGAUCCUCCUCACGCGAACUCGCCUCCCCUUCGAACUUCGGGAGGCGAUCGAGUUGGCCGUGAUUCGGAGUCCCCUCUCCGCGAAAUUCCAGAGAGAAUCUACCGUGUCCCUUUUAAAGAUCGAGAGCGAGCUCGUGAAAAAAGCCCGCAAGCUCGGUAUGGCUGCGGUCACAAUUAACCCCUACUUUAUUCUGCCCAGCCUCCUCGAGCCAGAUAACGCAUGCAACUUCAUACCCGAAGUAACUGAAAGCGGCGGCUGUGACGAAAUGGCCCAAGCGAUGCAGUACUCAUAUGCCACAUGGUGGGAAACAGAAGGCAUCUUAGACCUGCUGAAUGACGCGCGCACGUGCGCAGCGCGUGACGCCGUGGACAAGAUUGAGGACAUUAUGAGAAGUGAAAAAUUUAAGUCGCGGCCAGGCUCAGACCGGACAGCGGAGGAGCUGCUGGAUGACCUGAGCAUCAACCGUAUCUGGCCAUAUCUGUAUUAUGCGGUUCAGAACGCCUCGUACCUAGGCCCCCGGUCUGAGAGGCCUUCUGAGCGGCAUACACGUGAAAGUAACGAGAUAUGGGCGAGGGCUAAAGCAGAAGGUGCAGAUUUUGAGGCCUUGUUUGGGCUGUAGAGGGAGAGCAAUUUUUUUUUGGCUGCAUGCACAUGAUUAGGGGCUUCGGAAAUUUUGUACGAGAUAUUAACCUUCUAUAUUGUACCUCUACAACUUUCUGUGCACCGGGAAAUGUACAGGUAAAAUUUGUAAUGAACAAUCCCAACCAAUACUACUUUUCUUUUGA